GUGCAAGGAAAGCGAAAAGAUGGCUGCGCCCGCAGUAGAAACAUGCCAUGUCGCUUGUUGUGCAAAUCGUACCCCACAUGUUCUUUCGUGGGGUAGAAAUGGGAUUAUUGCUUUUGGCACUAGUGGGUCUGUUGCUCUGUAUGAUCCUCAGAACUACAGAAUUAUUGCUACCCUGAAUGGACAUACUGGAAGAGUGAACUGUGUCCAUUGGGUUCCACGAAAUGACUAUGGCCCUGAAACUGAACUUCUCUCUGGUGGUACUGAUAAUCAGAUAUUAGUCUGGGAGAUUCAGGAUGGUAAGUUCACAAAGACUGGGGAGCUUCUUGGUCACACUGGUCCUGUCAUAAGUGUACAUGGGAUUUAUCAGAAAGAGGAAGGCUUCUCCCAGAUUCUCAUCGCUUCAUCUGCUUCUGAUUCUACAACCAGAAUUUGGAAUAAGCAAGGUUCAAAGACACAGUGCCUUCAGACUAUAUCCUUUGGAAAUGGAUUUGUGAUGGAUGUAUCUCUGGCACUUUUGCCAGAUACUACUGUUCCUAUUUUAGCUUGUGCUGGUGAUGACAGGAAAAUCCAUCUAUUCAUAAGCCAGAAUUCCCAGUUUCACAAGGUUCAUUCCUUAGUAGGACAUGAAGAUUGGGUUCGCGGCGUUGAAUGGACUGUCUGUGGUAAAGAUAUAUUAUUAGCCAGCUGUGCUCAGGAUUGUCUAAUCCGGCUCUGGCGAGUGUUUAUGAAGACAAGCUCAAGUUUUGAUAAUGCAGAAGAUACAAUCAAGCUGAAGCAGGAUGUUUUUGUCUUGGAAACAAAUGGACAUUUAACAACAUUUGCAGUUACUUUGGAGGCUGUACUGGCAGGACAUGAAAACUGGGUAUAUGGUAUACAUUGGCAGAAUCCCCUUUUGAAAGAAGAUGGCAGUAUUCAACAAUCAAUGCGCUUACUUUCUGCUUCAAUGGACAAAACUAUGAUUUUGUGGUCUCCUGACGAAGAGUCUGGUGUAUGGCUAGAACAGAUUCGAGUGGGUGAGGUUGGAGGAAAUACUCUUGGAUUCUAUGGCUGUCAGAUUAGUCCAGAUGGGUCUAUGAUAAUUGCUCAUGCAUUUCAUGGAGCUCUACAUCUCUGGCGCCAGAAUAAUUUCACAAAGGGAGAAUGGACUCCAGCAGUUGUUCUUUCUGGGCACUUUGGUAGUGUUCAGGACCUAAGCUGGGACCCUCAGGGAGAAUUUAUAAUGAGUGUUGGUUCUGACCAGACUACUCGAUUAUUUGCACCCUGGAGAAAGAAAGAUCAAACAAAGGUAUCGUGGCAUGAAAUAUCCAGACCACAGAUCCAUGGGUAUGAUUUGCAAUGUUUAAGCAUCAUCAAUGGCUUCCAGUUUGUCUCUGGUGCUGAUGAAAAAGUUAUCAGAGUUUUUACUGCACCAAGGAAUUUUGUGGAAAAUUUCUGCAACAUUGCUGGACUACCUUCAGAAAAAGUUCUAGCUUCCAGUAAUUCAGCAGAUUUCCCAGAAGGUGCCAGAAUACCUGCUUUAGGACUCUCAAACAAGGCUGUUUUUCCAGGUGAUUCUAAAUCUGAAAAAGAUGAAGGCCAGUUUUCCAGUAUUUCUAAUCAGUAUUUGGAAACUUAUUUCCAGUCAGUCACACUCACAGAGCCGCCAACAGAGGAUCACCUUUUACAGAACACCCUGUGGCCUGAGGUUCAAAAGCUGUAUGGUCAUGGAUACGAGAUAUUUUGUGUAGCCUCCAACAGUGCAAAAACAUUAAUGGCUUCAGCAUGCAAGGCUUCAAAAGUGGAUCAUGCAGCUAUAUUGUUAUGGAGUACCUUAGACUGGAAACAACUCCUCAGCCUUCCAUUACACAGCCUAACAAUCACCCAAAUGGCCUUUUCUCCUGAUGACAGAUUUCUCUUGGCAGUAUCUAGAGACAGGACAUGGUCCCUUUGGAAGCAUCAGACGCAGUCCCAUUCGGAAACUGGUACUUGUUUUAGUCUUUAUGCUCAUACUAAUAAACAGACUGCCAUACACAGCCGAAUUAUCUGGACAUGUGAUUGGAGCCCAGACAGCAAAUAUUUUGUAACAGGAAGCAGAGAUAAGAAGGUUAUCAUUUGGGGAGACUGCACAUCCAGUGGAAAUGAUUCAGCAGCUAUAGUUCCCUGUUCUUCAGUACUGGAUGUUGGAGAUUCUGCAACUGCAGUUAGUUUUGCAUCAGUCCAAAGUAUAGACCAGAGCUAUAUUCUAGCAGUUGGCUUAGAAAGUGGAAAAAUAAGUCUAUUUAAGUGGAAGCCAUGUGUCAAUUUCUCCAUGAUUGAUGACUGGCAUAAAUGUGUAGAAUUCAACGAUCUUCAAUGUCAUACUCUUUCAAUCAAGAGACUGCGUUGGCGACCUUGUUUGGGCAGAGCUGGCACUGAAGAUGACCCCAAGAGCAGUGAAUUUCUGCAGCUUGCCAGUGCAGGAGCUGAUAAUUGCGUCAGGAUAUUUAAUGUAAAUCGACUCUGUCUUUAAUUCACAGAACUUGAUGUGUUUAAUGCUUCAGCUUAGAAUUCUCAUUUCACAGCAGUCAGCAGGACACUGUUAAGCUCUGAGCUUGUCGGUUUAGGUCUACAAUUUAGGCAAUUUCUUAUAUGUACAGACCUCUUUAAUGUAUAUAAUAGAUUGAAUGUCAGCAUAUUUGUGUUACAUUUUACUAGACUGUUUUAAAAAGUUUCUGUCAUAUUUUUAUCCUUUCUUCUUGUAAUAAAUUGACAUUGAUUAGACUUCAUAUUUUAAGACAUUGUUUCAACAUCUUCGUAGGUGUUUUUUUUCCUGAUGAACCGGAUUUUCAUAAAAACCAUUCUUUGUUUUACUGUAUUUUUAACAAACUUUCCAGUAAGAAAUUUGUUCAUUAAGGUUUAUUUUAAAGCUUUAAGAAAAUUCUGUAAAGCCAUAUUAUUUAUACAUCAGUAUGUCAUUAAAAUUGUCCUUUAUCUAUCUGACAAUAUAAAAUGAAGCCCGAUUAAAGCAUUGGUCGUUGUCUAGUCUAUUUUCAUGUAAGGAAUCUAAAAGAGUGACGCAUACGGAUGCUUUCUAAUAGGAUUUAAGGAUUAAAGCUGCAGGUUGCCAGCAUUUUGCUUAAAAUGACAGUUAAAUAGGAAAACAAACAGCACUUCACAUUACUUCCUGCUCAGAAUUUUGAUUGCUCAGUAGCUCACAUGUCAAAUAGAAGGUUGUUUGAAUAAGUAGGGAGCCAGAUGGAUUAGCCCAUGAUGAAUUCAGAUCAUCUGCUGUAGCUUAACAGCGAGUCUCUAAAUUUUAUUUUGGUAUCUUUUAUUUAAAAGGUACCAUAUGUUUUUUGUACAUGAGAUAUUUGUAUAUUACAUCUUUGGAUGUUAAUGUUGUAUUUAUUCAUAAACAUUUUUUAUAAAGAUGAUGUAAUUUCGUUUCAUAUUUGUGCCUUAUUUACAAAUAUUUGGUAUCAAUGUAAAAUUUAUGGAGCAAAUUAAAUGCCUUUCAUUCUGGCAUAUGGUAUGAACAGUUUAUUUGCUUAUUUCUGUUUUAAAGAAACAUGGGUAAAUCAACUGAUAUCAGUUAAUGGCUAAGAUUUUGCCCCUUUUUGCUUUGAUAUUUGUAUACCAAUAAAAUCAAAACUGAAUAAAAGGAAAAAUAUA